UUCAGUUCCGGAUGGGACCAUGGUUUCGUUUUUAAGAGCGGAGCACUGCGGCACAACUUCCCCUUAGUUUGCUUUGUGCUGCCCUGCAUGGGAGGUCUCCGAGCCUGGGCUCAGCCCUCUCCCCCAGAAAUUACAUCCUGACUGCUGGGACAAGGUCUAGGAAGAGCUUCUGGAGCGUUACUGAAGGAGAGAAUAUUUACCAGGAGUGAUUAAAGACAAUGAAUCCAGACUUUUUAAAUGCAUUUACACAGCCUUCUACACUUGAUCAAUUCCUAACUGAGGAUGUCCUCGCUAAAGGCGAGAAGAGGAAACUCAUAAAACCGACCUCAAGCAGCAACCCCAAACUGGAAGAAUUGAAACUGUUCUUGACUGAUUGGAUCAACAGAACUCUGAAACAGGAGCACAUAGUAGUUAAAAGUCUGGAGGAAGAUCUGUAUGAUGGGCUGGUACUUCAUCAUCUCCUGGAAAACUUAGGCUCUCUCAAGCUGGAUGUUGAGAAGAUUGCAUUGACAGAAAAAAAACAGCGACAGAAACUCUCUGUGAUUCUGGAAGUUGUGGCCAAGUGUUUGCAACUGGAAGAAAGUCAGCUGAAAUGGAGUGUGGAAUCUAUCUUGGCAAAGGACUUACUGAGCACACUGCAUCUUCUGGUUGCAAUAGCAAAGCACUUUGAGCCCACCCUGGCUCUGCCUCCAAAUGUUCAAGUGGAGACAAUCACCAUCGAGACCACCUCCAGAGGAUUAAAGACAUCAAAUGCGGUGGAAUAUAUCACAGAAAACAAAGAGAAUAUAGGAGCACAGUCAAAUGAUGCCUUUGAUGAAUUAUUUAACUGUGCUCCAGAUAAACUGGAUGCUGUAAAAAAGGCACUUUUGCAAUUUGUUGACCAGCAUGUUGGAAAAUUAGGAUUAAAUGUGAAAGACAUCGAAUCUCAGUUUUCAGAUGGGGUUAUCUUACUUCUCCUAACUGGACAACUAGAGGGUUACUUUCUGAAUUUAAGGAAUUUCUUCCUGACUCCAGCCAGCACCAUGGAGAUGCUCCACAAUGUUAACCUGGCACUGGAGUUGCUAGCAGAGGGAGGCCUUCUGAAUUUUCCUGUGAACUCUGAAGAUAUUGUGAACGGAGAUACGAAGGCUAUAAUGCGAGUUCUGUAUUCCUUGUAUUCCAAAUACAGAACCAAGGAAGCAUGAAGAGCAAGGCCGAGAGCUUGAGAUGCCUUUUUUUUUUUUUUUUUUAGCAGACCAUGGUGUGGUUUUUGGAUUCCCAGCUCAGUCUGCCACUGCUUCUGGCCAUUCACUGGUGUUUGACACUUGCUAUGUUACCACUGUACAGCAAAUAUGUUGUUCAUGCAAGGUUUCACAUACAUAGCCUGAGCAACUGUAAUGUAUGUCCAGAGCUGGAGUAAUUCUAGGGCUGCAGCUCUUGUUCCAGAUCCUGCCUUCUGUAUUCUCUGAGCUCCCCCAGUGCUGCAAAGAAAUCAAAUGUGUGUUUAUUUUGGGCCCUGCAUCCUUUGUUCCUGAAGGUGACUUUGAAAGUUGUUGCAUCCUCCCCAUUUUCCUGCUUUGGGAAAUCAUUUGGGAAACCAGAGAGGAGAAAGACCCACCAGAGUGGGAGGGCUGAGACGCACCUGAAGUUCAAAACCUGCUUUAGAGAGGUGGCCAGUGCUCUCAGAUAGAAGGAUAUGAAUUGGAUGCCAAAUGAAUAGGUAGCAAAAUUGAAAUGUGGACUUACUGAGUGUUUUAUAAAUGUUUCAGUGCUCAUUUGCUCAAAUAUGGAAAAGGCACCUAGCACAAUAUGCUGGUGUGAGACUGUGCAGGAACAGGGGUUCUCCUGCACAGCUGUAGAAGGAUGCCCUUAUUUCCUUCCUAAGUCAGUGCCAAACCAUGUCCAGCUCCAAUUGAAGCCCUGACACCACCUCUGGCUAGCAGGGAUGCCAAUGCCUGUCCAGCAUGUUGUGAGAGGGAGUCACACAUCUGUACUUUUUCUGCAGUAAGAGGUGGGCAGAUGCUGGCUGAGCUCUGCAGCUGGUGGAGGUAGAGGCCACUAUGGGUGAGAACAGUGAAUUCAGCUUCCCAGCACCUCUGACACCUGAGUCAUCUCAAAUUUUUCAGGUUCUCCUAGGUGAAUUUGUCCAGCCUCCCAGCAGUUUCCUCUGGGUGCAUCAAGGUAGCCAUGAUUUAUUAACAAUCACCCUUUGUCUUCCUCGGGGGAUUUAAAUCAGAACUCCUUUCAAAACCUCCAUCUCCUCUCUCAACCUUAAAUUUAUGUCAUGUUGCAGAAAACUAGAAACAUAAUUAGAAAAAAAGAAAGCUUCAGUAUUUUUUUUCACUUCCAUCUAAUUGAAAUAAAUUUCCUGCCAUGGGUAACUCUGA